AUGCCAAUAUCCUUCAAACGCAUGAGAGACUACACCUACGAGAAACUAAACAGCAAUGAACCACCAAGACCAUUGGACGUGUUCCACUCCCUCCACUGCCUAAACUACAUCCGCAUGCACCUAGAUAAAGAUUACUACUCCGCUCACCUUGAACAACACGACGGGUUUCUGCGGAACGCGUCCCAUAUGCCGCAUAACUGGGGCCAGGUCCAUCUGCAUCACUGUCUGGACCAGGUCGUGCAGUCUGUGGUUUGUCAUGCGGACUUGUCGCCCGUGCCCAUGUAUGGGUGGAAGGGGGUGCCGGUUUUCUUGGGCGUCGGGCAGACGCAUACGUGUCGGAAGUGGGAGUCUAUACGGGAGUGGAUGGAUGCGAGGAAUGAGGUUUCUAAGCCGCUUGAGGAGAAAUAG